AUGGACCUCGUGGCAUCCUUCUUUCGUACAGGUGUGGCCUCCGCUCGAGGUCUUCGACGUUCCCUGCGUCGAGGCUUCCUUUGCAGUGUCUAUGUGGUCAAGGAGCGAUGUCUCGGCUUUUACGAUGGUCUGGCUGACACCUUGAACUGCCACAAGCGGCGCCAGCUGCAGUGGCGGCGCGAAUGCUGCGUGGCCAGCUUUCGUGUGGGCCUGAGCCAGAGAUUUUUGUUUCGCAGCCGCUUGGAACAUAUGGAACUAACGAACCAGUAUGAGGAUGAAGCCCCGAGCCCUGCUCGCAGUGGCAGUCCUGGCGGUCCUGGCCUUGAGAUGGAAUUCCUGGAGCUUCUUAGGCUCUUCAGGUUCUGGCUCCAGAUCACCUCGGCGCUGCUGGGCUGCAAACCCGUUGUGGAGGUGCAGCAGAUGGCAGCCUUGGCAAGCCCAAGUGCGCUCUCCAAGCUGCCGCGACGUGCCGCGGAGGAUCAGCUUCCGGAGGCACCGCCCGGCGGCCGGGUCAUUCACGUCGAGUAUUGCAACGACUGCAAGUUCCUUCCGCGCUAUCUCAAGCUGAGGAAGGCAAUGGCAGACCGCUUUGGUGAGCGGGUCCUCUGCUUUGGCAACCACGAGGAGACCUUGCAGGAGCUCUGCAGGACUCCCAAACCGCGCGCCGGCUCCUUUGAAGUGGUCGAUAUGCAGUCGAAGAAGUGCCUCUACACAAAGCUCGGCAGUGGGCUCCACGUCACCGAGAGGCAAGAGUGGAUGGACCAGCUCUUCGAUGAGAUUGAAGCCCUUUGCGAGGCCGGCUGA